ACAUUGAUGAACCUUCACAAAUAAUCAUUGUAACUGCAAAUAGACAAAGAGAAAGAGCACUAGGAACCAUUAAAAAUGUGCUAUUAAUCAUUCAAGGAAUUCUUAUCAAAAUGACAUUUCAAGUUAUUGAUUCGACUGAUCAAACCUUAUUGUUAGGAAUCGAUUG